UCAUCUGAAGAAGAAGAAGAAGGAAGAAGAAGAGAUUAGUGCUGGAAGGUCUUGGAAGGGAUUUAAUGGAAGGAAGAGUAACCGUUUUGAUUCGAGAGUUUGAGCUAGAGAAAGACCGUGAAGCAGCUGACGCCAUCGACCGGGUUUGCGAGGUUGGACCCAGUGGUAAGAUGACUCUUUUCACUGACCUCCUCGGUGAUCCCGUCUCCCGCGUUCGCCACUCCCCGGCCUUUCUCAUGCUUGUAGCGGAAACCGUUGGGCCGGCGACGGAGAUCGUGGGCCUAAUCCGCGGCUGCGUGAAGACAGUCACCUGCGGUAAAAAGCCAACCCGCAGCGGAGCAACCACCGCGAAGCACCAGAACCCUCCUUCCCCGAUUUACACCAAGGUCGGCUACAUCCUCGGCCUCCGUGUCUCCCCCUACCACCGGAGGAUGGGGAUAGGAUUAAAGUUAGUGAGGGAGAUGGAGGAGUGGUUCAGAGAUACAGGGGCGGAGUACGCUUACAUGGCUACCGAUAAAGACAAUGAAGCUUCAGUGCGGUUAUUCACCGGGCGGUGCGGGUACUCCAAGUUCAGAACACCAUCGAUCCUCGUCCACCCAGUGUUCGCUCACCGAUCGCCGGCGGCGAACCUCGCCACCAUGAUCCAUCUCUCACCCACCGAUGCCGAGCUUCUCUACCGCCGGAGAUUCUCCACCGUCGAGUUUUUCCCACGCGACAUCGACGCCGUUCUCCACAACCCGCUUUCUCUCGGCACCUUCGUGGCUGUGCCCCGAGAAACGAUCUGGUCCGGGAUUAGCUCCUUCCUCUCCGAUCCGCCAUCAUCGUGGGCGGUGUUGAGUGUUUGGAACUGCAAGGAUGUGUUCCGGUUGGAGAUCCGAGGAGCGGGGAGGUUCCGGAGGGGGUUGGCGUGGGCGAGUAGAGUGGUGGAUCGGGCGAUGCCGUGGUUGAGGAUCCCAUCGGUGCCGGAUCUAUUUCAUCCGUUUGGGGUGUACUUUCUCUAUGGAGUAGGAGGUGAAGGGAAUGAGGCGGCGGAGAUGGCGAGAGCUCUAUGUGGGCACGCGCACAACAUGGCGAGAAUGGCCGGAGGGGUUGGGGUUGUAGCGGCGGAGGUGGCGAGCUGUGAGCCGCUCCGGGAGGGGAUCCCGCACUGGCGGCGGCUCUCGUGCGCGGAGGACUUAUGGUGCGUGAAGAGGUUGGCGGAGGACUAUAGCGAUGGGGCGGUGGGGGAUUGGACCAAGUCGCCGCCGGGGACCACCAUCUUUGUGGACCCCAGAGAGUUCUAAUAGUGGGGCCCAUGGGUUUUUUUUUUGGGUUUUUUUUUUACCUCGGGAUCGUGUACAUUAUCAUCGACGGUUGUGAUUUCUUUGCUUCUUUUGAUGACGUGGCCCGCCGGGUUUUGAGUAACGGUUUCACGGGCGUGGGAUCUCGUGGCGAUUUUGGCGGGAACUGAUGGCCAUGA